GCCCAACAAGUCAGGGCUUUCAUCAGUUUCCCUUUCUAUGCCCUUGCACGCGACAUUCGCCAACCAUCUUAACACUCACCAAACAUGCGACUGACGAAUUGCCGUGGCCACCAAAUCGUCAAAUCCAAAUCAGCCAACUGCAAUAUUCCUAUGCCCAGUACGAGCUAUUUCCGCCGAGGCCCUUUUUAUCAAUUAUUUAUUUUAUUCGAGUUUCAUCUUGCAAUUCUUUUUUCUCUCUAUUUUCCCCUCCACUACGGUCCUUUCCUUACCCCCACCGAGGCGCAUAGAAGGGGCAACAAGACAUGUUGGCUGAUUGGCAUCGCAAGUCUAUAUGCCAUUCGUGGCCAUUUGUGUCUUGGUCUUGGUAUAUUCUGUGGGGGGCGGCAACACAGAAUUUUCCCUAUCGCGAUCUCCUAGCCACAAACGAGUCAGGUCCUCUGCUACACCUUUAACACCAAUUACGAUCCUGGAAGGUUCUCACUAUUA